GAGCAGCUCUUGGGCAUUCUCAGGACAGGAACAUCCUCCUGAUUGUCAGUGGGCAGCUAUGCUCUGACAAGAGCCUUGUUUGCUCUUGUGCUUCAACACAGUCUGAAAACUUGCACAAGAGUGUUACAAUGAUUGAGGAACUCGUUGCUGCAGUUUGCACUCUUUAUGGCAUUGGUUAUUCAGGAUAUUACCUGACUAACUUGGCAUGUCACCUGAGACGUGUGUUCAGAGAUGCUGCUCGUGAGAGCACAGAACCAACAGCAGACUCUCCUCUGGUUCCCACUGCUCCUGGAGAAGAGGCCAAAGAUGAGGCCAAAGAGGAGCACAAGCCUCCAGCCGUGGUCACAGCACAGCCUGAAUAUUCCGAGCUGGCCCUUCUGGAGAGAGACCAUAAACAGAUUGCUUUAGCAGAAGUGCUGUGCCAGACUCAGGGAGAGCUGAGGCAGCAGGUGGAGGAGCAACAGGAGAAUGGCCAGAACAUCAAGGGAGAGCCACAAGCAGAGCUGCCCAAAGUUCAGAUUGGUAUCAUGACAGUGAAGAGGAGGAAGAAGGAAGACGUGAGAAUAAUUCAAUAUCACCGGAGUCUCCAUCGACAGAGGGGUGAUCAAGAAAACCAGGUGAAGAACUUUAAUGAGAAGCUGCCCGCAGAGCUGCAGGAAGCUGAGGCUCAGCUCAAGGCAAGGGAGAAGUGUCUGGAGGAAGAAAUGAAAAUCGUCAAAAAGAAAAUUCAUCCUCUCCUUAGGAAGCAAGAGGCUCUAGAAAAACGAGUCAAAGAGUUGACAUCUCACCCGCCAGCCUGCGAAGACUUCCAGGAAAUGACUGGAAACAAAGAGACCCGUGGUCAGCGUGAGGCAGGGGAGCUGUCCCAGUCGGAUAUGCCGCAGGUUUGGAACGUCCUGAAGAUGCUGCAGGAAAAGAGAACUCAGUGAGAAGAGGCAGAACACUUGAACAAGGAGCUGCAGUGAUUAUUGUGUGCUGUCUUUGCCUUGAGAAUAAAGAGCAUGGUCUUCCUGAGAAGGUAGCUGGAAUGCAUUCAAGGGGAAGAAAGUGAUUUGACGAGGCUCUUGAGCAUCAGAGGAGAAUUUGAGGAAUGGAAUGUUCCCCAAAUGACCACCAGAGACCCUCAAGAGACCUCUAUUCUCCUGCCAAUAACUUCUGAGAAGUGAUUGAAAUAUGUCAAAUAAUUUUGGGGAAUGAGCCUGUGAGUUUCAGCAAAGUAAUGAGUGUGUCUUAGUUCCAUGGAUAGAAACUACUAGUGAGAUUUCUGAGUGAGCUCGUGUUAGAAAAGUGAUUCCCCAAGCACCCAGCACUGAAAUAAAAUAAUGCCUCCUUUCUCACACUCACCGGGCAGUGGUGAUCGGGCCUCUGCUGUGUAACUUUCAUUGUAGUCACUGCUA